UCAAAGCAAACAUAUUCAAUUUUUUUGUUUAAAUAAAAAAAAAUAAAAAUGACACAUAGCCUGGUCCGUGAGAAAAUUCUCUCCGAGUAUACUGUACCCGAUAAUGAGGAGAAUUUUGAAUUUAAUAUUCUGAAAUACAACGGUCUCAGAAACAGCAAAAUGGAGCCUCAGGGCGAAGGAAAAGCGAAACUUGAGAACGGAUAUCGAUAUGAAGGAGGAUUCAGGAAAGGACUACCCCAUGGGAAGGGCCGUUUGGCGUUACAGGAAGGUUUGCGCUACGAUGGUCAUUGGCGGAAAGGUCUUAAGCAUGGAAUGGGUCGUAUCUAUUAUCCGGAUUGUUCAUGGUAUCAAGGAGAAUUCAGAAAGGAUCUUCGAAAUGGCUGUGGCACUUAUUACUACCCGAAUGGAGCGAGAUACGAGGGUAAUUGGUUCAGGAAUAGACGCCAUGGGAUGGGAUGCUAUAAGUUUAGUGUUGGAAAUAUUAAUGUCAAUGGUACUUGGGUGGAUGGUGUGGCGAGAGGACCAGUGGAAGUGAUUAUGGAUGGAUGCAGAUUUCACGGAUACUGGGAUGGUUGUUGUCCCAGGGGACCAGGAUAUUUUACCUUCAAUGCCAAGGUUAUGGUGAAGGGUAAAUUCUAUGUUGAUGAGAUAGAAGGAUGUGAAGAGAAGAAACUGAUUUGGCAGCCUGAAGCUUUUGAAACUUAUGAAUACACGAAGUUACCACUAGAACCAAUUCCUUUUCCUAUUGAAGGGUCUGAUAUAUCGGAAACUUCGGAUGAAGAGGAUUGUAAAUCUCAUGGGUCGAGUGUGACACUAAGUGAUUAAAUUUUAAUAUUCGCUUUCUUCAGAUUGGUUAGAGAAUUUUAUUAAAUAAACGAAUACGUCUCCGUCUGUUUUCCUACAAUUAAAUAUAAUCUAAAUUUAUUUGAAGCUCAUGAGUAUCAUGUAUAUAUUAUUGUGGAUUCAAUAAAUUGAAUGAUCAAACGCUUAUACUAAACCUACUACAAAAAAUUUGGAAAAAAUCUU